GUGAAAAAUCUACAAGCAAUUCAAGUUGUUUGGAACGGGAGUUGCUCAUAAGAGUUUAAAUCGACUUGCGGUUUACGUCAGGGUUGCCCACUCUCUCCUUAUCUUUUCACUUUAUGCAUGGAACGUCUUAGCCGUUGCAUUAAAGAUUCGGUUAAUAGAGGGUCUUCAAAUCCUAUUUAUCUAUCAAACAAUGAAACUCCCCUAAACCACCUUUUUUUGCAGAUGAUCUGGUGUUGUUUGGUGAGGCUACCGUUCAACAAAGCUCAGCAAUUUUGGAUUUCUUAGAUCGUUUCUGUUGGGCGUCGGGAGAACAGAUUAGUAAAGACAAAUCAUGCAUCUACUUCUCCAAGAACACAACUGUCCAAACCAAGAACAAAAUCAACCGAGUGAUGGGUAUCUCCCAAACCAACAAUUUGGGCAAGUACAUUGGUGUUCCUCUCAUUCACGGAAGGGUGAUGCAAGGAACCUAUUAGUACAUCUUGGAGAAGUUAGACAAGCGUUUGUCGGGCUGGAAAGUCAAGAAUCUCUCCCUCGCCGGGCGAGUUACCCUCGCCACCUCUAUUCUGAAUGCUUUACCUAAUUAUGUUAUGCAAACUGCAGUCCUUCCGAUGUCUGUUUGCGAUACAAUUGACAGGAAAAUCAGCAAGUUCAUUUGGGGCGGAGAAGAGGGUAGACAGAAAGCUCAUCUUGUUUCCUGGGAAAAGAUAUGUAAACCAAAAGAAGAAGGUGGUUUAGGCCUCCGCUAGGCAAGAGCCCUGAAUUUGGCUUACAUGAUGAAGUUGGGGUGGAUCUUUCUCAACAAUGAAGAUCAACUAUGGAUAAAGAUCCUGCGGGAGAAAUAUGUAAAGCAAGCUAAUAAUGGUGGCUUGGUUUAUAAGCGUGAUCCCGUGUGCAUAAUUUGGAAAGGAGUCUUGACGUCGUUGCCCGUUCUCAAGUAGCACAUUAUCUGGGACAUGCGGAAUGACAAUUCAGUUAAAUUCUGGCAAGAUCCGUGGCUUGCUGCCGGCAUCAUUCUUCAAGAUCAUAUCAACACGCCGAGACAACUGCCCCACUGGGAUGCAACAAUCGGAGAUAUGUGCUCGGACAUAGGUGAGUGGAAUUGGCCGAACAUUCUGCCCUUAAUCUCUCAUGAGAUCUCUGCCCUUAUUGCAGGUACGGAAACUCCCAUCCCAGAGGCUGGCGAAGACAUCACGACGUGGGGACUAGAAGCUGAUGAAAAGUUCUGACUCCGGUCAGCUUAUGCAGCGGCAAGCGCCUGGUUAGAAGAAUGAAUGGAUAAAGAGGAGGAACCCCAAGAUAUGAGACGCUGCCAGACAACUUGGAAGUGGAACGGACCAAACAGAUUUCGUCACUUUCUGUGGCUCGUUUUUCACAAUCGUCUGAUAACCAAUUGUGAACGGAAGAGGAGGAAUCUUUGUAGCUUGGAAACAUGCGUCAUCUGCAACACCGAGCCAGAAUCAACGUAACACUUUAUUAGACACUGUCUUGAGGCACAAAAGGUAUGGCAACAUUUGGGGAUUAGCGAUAAUACACUCACUUGCGACCUUCAAUUUUCAGGUUGGAUGAUUGCACAUCUCCUCGACACAAAUCAUGGAAGGUUGUUCGACGUGGCGGCUUGGUACCUAUGGCGGCGGCGCAAUGAGCGGGUCUUCAACCAAAAAUGGGAAGAGGCACACUCCCUAGCAUACCGAAUCCAGUGCUGGACAAGAACCAUCCAACAAGCCAUGGAGAAUGAUUCUCGCGCGCUGGGAAGGGACAACGACAGAAGAAGUCAAGAGAUGGCCUGGAUACCCCCGCUAGAGGGAUGGAUCACAGUCAAUACUGACGGGUCAGUUAAGCAACCUAACUCAAAAGCGACGGUUGAGGGUCUUCUCUGGGAUCACAACGACAAAUGUCUUGGUGCGUUCGUGGCUAACUUGGGAGUAAGCGCAAUUACAACAUGUGGCAUCUUUAUUCCAAUUCGAACAAGGGGAAACAUAGUUUGUUACAGCAGUGGAGAACCAAGAUCAGCAGUGGAGAAACAAGAUCCGAGAAUUUAUUUUCGUAUAUAUGUUCACGUCACUUGCCCGUCUCUAUUUGUAUUUGACAAAAAGAAUGUCUUUAACCCGUUUUUCAUGUAAUUUUCUACCUAACUUCUCGACUCUUUGGUAGAGUAUUCACCAAUUGAAAUCUCAUCCUCCCUUCAAAGGACAUUUUUAUUAUCUUUGUUGUGCUGUGUUAUAUGUUCUCCGGAUAUGCUAAUCAGUUCUCAAACAUUUAUGCAUCAUAAUAUGAGAAAUAAGUGCAUGCAUUUCCCUUUUUUUUAUGUGGUUCGCCAUUAUUAUUUCAACCCAUCAACUCACUCAAUCACACAAAUGAACAUAUAAUCUAAAGAUCCGACACAAAAUUAGAAAUGGGCACAAGAACUAUUCAAAACUCAUCUACAGCCACCGCAACAUGAUGCGGGCCUCCCUCUCUAGUAUAUAUCAAAUUAGAAGUCUAACCCUAAUCUUUUUUUUUUUUUGACAGUAAAGUGUAACCCUAAUCAAGUGAGGUCGAAAUCUAGUGACUCUGUCUUGGUCCUACUCUCCUUUUACAUUUAAUUAACAUUCGCACUUUUGCAAAAAUGAAAAUUUUCAGUUUAA